UAAAGCUCCUGCCUCCCUUCUUUCUCAAACUUAAGCCUCAUAAAAAGAAAAAAGAAGGAUAAUUAUAGUUUAAAGAGAUGGCGGCGACGGCUUAUGCAUCUCUAGUGUCGUUGUUGAAUACUAUGGAUCAGAUCCAGACUCAUCCUACCCUUUCCAUUUGUUUCGACAACAACCAGUUUCAAUCUCUUCGGGAUAUUGUUGAUUUCCUUGUCGAUUUUGUGGAGAAUUAUUCAGAAGCUGAAGAAGAUCUGAUGAAGCCAAUCGGGGAUGCAGCUCAUGAGGCUGAAGACGUGACCGAAGUCGAAGCUGCUGAUCAAAUUUGUGGUAGAGAAAGUUCUACGAUGUUUCUCCGUGUUGACAAAAUUAUACAGGAGAUGAUCUCCAUCAAGGAAAAGGUUAUCAAGUUUAAAGAGGAAACCCCAUCCAUAACUUCGAUGCGUCCACCACCACCACCAUCGUCGCCAUCAUCAUCAGCUUCUUAUGCAACUAAGAAGACUACCAUGCUGGGAUUUGAUGGCUACGUGGCGCAGCUUCUGGAAGAGCUCACCAGAAAUGUUCCUCACCGGCUUAUACUCCCAAUUGUCGGAAUGGGAGGCAUUGGUAAGACCACUCUUGCCAAAAAUGUUUAUGAAAGUUCACUUACGGUGUUUCAUUUUGAUGUUCGUGUUUGGGUUAUUGUGUCUCAAGUAUAUAAAGCAACACAUAUGCUUUCACAAGCACUUUCUUGCCUCGGCGGAUCCAGGAAUAAAAUUGAUGAUGAAUUAGGUGUAGAGUUAUAUAAAUCUUUAUUUGGUCAUAGAUAUCUGAUCGUAUUGGAUGAUAUAUGGAGUGUGGAGGCGUGGGAAAAGAUACAAAAAUUCUUCCCAGAAAAUGGUAAUGGAAGCCGAAUUGUUGUAACAACUAGACAACAAGAAGUGGCUAAUUACUUUGGUUCCACUUCACUUGAUGUGGGUUUUCUUGAUUAUGAAAAUAGAUGGAACCUUUUCUGUGAAGUAACAUUUGCACAACAAGAUUGCCCUCCUCAAUUAGAAAGAAUUGCGAAAAAUAUUGUCAAAAAAUGCAGAGGGCUUCCACUUGCAAUCCGUGUGAUUGGGGGUCUUCUUGGAAAAGCACCUAGGAUACAAGAGUAUUGGAAGAAAAUCGCGAAAGACAAGAGCUUGGUUAUGGAAUAUUCAGGUGAUGGCAACAAACCAAUCAACAUAUUAUAUCUGAGUUACAAGUAUUUGCCUGUUUGGUUGAGAUCCUGUUUUCUUUACAUGGGAUUAUUCCCAGACGACCAUCUAAUAGAUGUGUCCCGUCUUAUAAAGUUAUGGAUUGCAGAGGGAUUUAUAAAACCAACUAAAAGCCGAAGUUUGGAACAAGUUGCAGAGAGUUACAUAAAGGAGCUUGUUGAUAGGAAUCUGGUUUUAGUUGGUGAGUUGACGGAAUACAAGAAAGUUUUAAGGUAUUAUCUUCAUGAUCUUGUAAGGGAGUUGUGCAUAAAGACAGCAGAGAAAGAAAACUUUUAUUGUGUCCAAAGAGAGAUAGGCGGGAGGCGUCAAUUCAUAUUCGAUGAGAGAUCAGCAAGUUUUUACCCUCAACCUCAAGUAUCCCUCACUUUCAAAAAGCCAUCAGUGAUCACUCCUCUAAUAUUGAGUGGGCAAAGAGAGGCGCCGUUUAAGUCUAGAUUGUUGAGAGUGCUUGUUGGUGAUCAUGAUAGUAGCCUAAACAACUCCUUUCGACAAGUCAAUUUGCGCUACUUAUCCCAUCAUUCUCUUCUGUCUACACCGGCAAUUCCUGGGUCGAUAUCACUAUGUUGGAGUCUGCAAACAUUGAUUGUGCUAGGAUUAGAUAGAGUUUUUGUACCAUGUGAGAUUUGGAAGAUGCCGCAACUUAGGCAUAUCAAUAUUCCUGUCAUGAAUGUUCCUCAUCCUCCUCCCGGUGAUGUCUUUGCUUUACACAACUUACAGACACUCAAGACGGUAGAGAAUCUCAUUUUCAGCGAGGAGGUGUGUGCCAGGAUACCAAACAUUCGAGAAUUAGAUAUUGAAUAUAGGAUGUUGGAAGAGAACGUUGAGGGGAGUUUGUGUUUCCAUUUUCAUAAUGUUGGCCGCUUAAGCAAGCUCGAAUCACUAAGCAUCCGUUGUUGGGGAAAGCGAUAUUCAGAUGAUCCGUUAGAGAACCUUAAACUGCCCAAUUCCCUCACAAAGCUCAUUUUAGGCAACUGCUCCAUUGGGUGGGGUUGUAUGACAAUGAUUGCUUCCUUGCCUCAUCUUCAACUUCUUGAUUUGCGAGGGAAAGCAGUGGUGGGAACAGAAUGGGAGUUUGUUAACGAGGAAUUUCGUAACUUGAAACAUCUGAUCAUUUAUGAUUGUCCAAAUCUGAGAAAUUGUAUUGCGGACAGGACUACUUUUCCAGUGUUGGAGACGCUUCAUCUUGAGAAUUUGUAUGUUCUGAGUGAUAUUCCUUUUGAUAUCGGAGAGAUACCAACGCUUGAAAAAUUAUCUGUUAUUAAAUGUUCAAAAUCAGCGAGGAUGGCGGCAAUAAAGAUACUAGAGGAACAAGAGAGUUUUGGAAAUCAAGCCCUUCAUGUUCAUAUUCGUUCAUGGAGAGAUGAAGCUCAUGUCCGAGGAUUGUAUGAAUCCCCAAAUCUCCACUUUAUCUGAUCCGGAUGCCAGAUGGUGAGAUUCAAGCACAUGUCAUACUCCUUCCAUCCCCUAAUAUUUCUUUUUGAGACUCUGAAGCAUUGGU